AUGAACUUUACCGGUGUCUGGGGACUGUGCACUUUGUUUGUCUUGUUGCCUGGAAUCCUGAGCCAGGACUGCCAGAGACUGCAGUUACAGCAAGUGCUAAACAGGGAUGCUCUAAAGAUCCUGACGGACAUGGGAGGGUCCUUUCCACUGCAGUGUGUAGCAACCAGAGAAUCACUGCAAAUCGAUCCCCUGGAUCUGCACCAGCUCGUCAACCGGUCACAGGCCCAGGAAAAGUUCCAGAUUGUCCACCAAACCUUGCGUCACAUCAGCAAGAUCUACAGCAGGAGCCUGGGGUCAGUCACCUGGUCCCGGGAGAAGGUCGAAAACUUUCGUCUUCUCCUGGAACGUCAGCUCCAGGAGUUGGAAACGUGUGUGAGAAAACCAGGAGCUGGGUCCAGGCAGAGGAGAAACUCCGCCAUUCUCAAAUACUUCAAGAAACUGAACAAGUUUCUCAAACAGAAGAAAUUCAGUGACUGCUCCUGGGAAAUAAUCCGCACUGAGACCAGAGCCCGUCUACAACAGCUGCUGUUCAUAACGGGACAACUGAACAAAAGCAACUAAGGAUUUCCCAUUGAUACUUAUUAAAAUCAGGGAUCGAUUAUUAUUUAAUAUUUAAAUAUUGAAGUUUUACAGAAGUGUUGCAUAGCUCGAUUAAGGGAAU